CCUGGAGCUCUGUCCGAGCGUUCUGCCGUGCACGCCGCCUCGCCUUCAAGGCUCGCCGUCUGCCCCUCCCCCGCCCGCCGCCGUCACCGGGGAAACGGGCCGCGAUAGCCCGCUGACCCGAAGCUGGUUUCAUGGCAGCCGCGAAGAAAGCAGUUUUGGGGCCACUGGUGGGGGCAGUGGACCAGGGCACCAGCUCAACGCGCUUUUUGGUUUUCAAUUCAAAAACAGCUGAACUACUUAGUCAUCAUCAAGUGGAAAUAAAACAAGAGUUUCCAAGAGAAGGAUGGGUGGAACAAGAUCCUAAGGAAAUUCUGCAGUCUGUCUAUGAAUGUAUAGAGAAAACAUGUGAGAAACUUGGACAGCUCAAUAUUGAUAUUUCCAACAUAAAAGCUAUUGGUGUUAGUAACCAGAGGGAAACCACUGUAGUCUGGGACAAGUUAACCGGAGAGCCUCUCUACAAUGCUGUGGUGUGGCUUGACCUAAGAACCCAGUCUACCGUUGAGAAUCUUAGUAAAAGAAUUCCAGGAAAUAAUAACUUUGUCAAGUCCAAGACAGGCCUUCCACUUAGCACUUACUUCAGUGCGGUGAAACUUCGUUGGCUCCUUGACAAUGUGAGAAAAGUUCAAAGGGCUGUUGAAGAAGAUAGAGCUCUUUUUGGGACCAUUGAUUCAUGGCUUAUUUGGAGUUUGACAGGAGGGGCCAAUGGAGGUGUCCACUGUACGGAUGUAACAAAUGCAAGUAGGACAAUGCUUUUCAACAUUCACUCUCUGGAAUGGGAUAAAGAGCUCUGCGAAUUUUUUGAAAUUCCGAUGAAGAUUCUUCCAAAUGUCCGGAGUUCUUCUGAGAUCUAUGGCCUAAUGAAAAUCUCUCAUAGCCUGAAAGCUGGGGCCUUGGAAGGUGUGCCAAUAUCUGGGUGUUUGGGGGACCAGUCUGCUGCAUUGGUGGGACAAAUGUGCUUCCAGGAUGGUCAAGCCAAAAAUACGUAUGGAACAGGCUGUUUCUUACUAUGUAAUACAGGCCGCAAGUGUGUGUUUUCUGAGCAUGGCCUUCUGACCACAGUGGCUUAUAAGCUUGGCAGAGACAAACCAGUGUAUUACGCCUUGGAAGGUUCUGUAGCUAUAGCUGGUGCUGUUAUUCGCUGGCUAAGAGACAAUCUUGGAAUUAUAAAGACCUCAGAGGAAAUCGAAAAACUUGCUAAAGAAGUAGGUACCUCUUACGGCUGCUACUUCGUCCCCGCGUUUUCGGGGUUGUAUGCACCUUACUGGGAGCCCAGUGCAAGAGGGAUCAUCUGUGGGCUUACUCAGUUCACCAAUAAAUGCCAUAUUGCUUUUGCUGCAUUAGAAGCUGUUUGUUUCCAAACCCGGGAGAUUUUGGAUGCCAUGAACCGCGACUGUGGAAUUCCACUCAGUCAUUUGCAGGUAGACGGAGGAAUGACCAACAACAAAAUUCUUAUGCAGCUGCAGGCAGACAUUCUGUAUAUUCCAGUAGUGAAGCCUUCAAUGCCUGAAACAACUGCCCUGGGAGCGGCCAUGGCGGCGGGGGCCGCAGAAGGAGUUGGCGUUUGGAGUCUCGAACCUGAGGAUCUGUCAGCGGUCACAAUGGAGCGGUUUGAACCACAGAUCAAUGCUGAAGAAAGUGAAAUUCGUUACUCUACAUGGAAGAAAGCUGUGAUGAAGUCAGUGGGCUGGGUUACAACUCAGUCUUCAGAAAGUGGUAUCCCAUAAAUGAUACCAACUCACGGAUUCCAAAGAUGCGAGUUCUUUGCCUAAUGAGAGAAUCCAGCGAUUAUCUCUUAAUGUGAUGACACUAUUCAUAGACUCUGAUUUUAUUUAUAAGCCACUUGCUGCAUGACCCUCCAAGUAGACCUGUGGCUUGAAAUAAAGAAAAUGCAGCAGAAAGAAUGCUAUAGAAACAUUUGGUGUGUUUUUUAACAUCAUGAGUUAAGAUUGGACCAGCCACCUUGGGGGCUGACCCCUCCUUUGCUAUCGUGUCCUGCCCCAUUCCCUAUGAGAUCUAGGAAGAAUUCAGGUCCUUCAUUUCAUUGGAACCUUUCAUCAAACACACUCAAACGCUGAUGAUGGUCUAGGAUUUGGUUCUCUGCACUACAUACACUUGACUAAGGGGUGAUUACUAACCAGCUAAAAAUGAGUGGCUUUUUGUUCCAUUUCUUUUUAACAGUCCUAAAAGUCCUUUUUUCUGCAUGUUAAGGAGGCCACAACAUCUUCCCCUAAUGGUUAAAUGGACACCUCUGUGGAAUUCUUAAAAUGCAAAUUGAGUACUCUCAUAGCUUAGACAUUUUCCAGAAAGGUAUUUGCCAAAACUGAAAUUCUUCAGAUACUUUACGUGGUCUCACUCAUUCACUGAAUUGCUGUCUGGAUCUUCUAGGGAAGGACACUUUUUCCUUUCUUUUUUCAUCUCUCCUUUUUAUAUUUUUCACUUUGUAUGUAUAACAUACAUGCCUAUAUAUAUUUUAUAUAGUGAGGGCAGCCCAUUUAUAAAUCAAGAGUACAUUUUACAUGAUCUCACUAAUAACACUGAAUAUCUGUCUGGAUCUUACAGGGAAGAACACUUUUUCUUUUCAUCUCUCCUUUUUAUAUUUCUUACUUGUAUGUCUAACAUACAUGCCUAUAUAUUUUAUAUACAGAGGGUAGCCCAUUUAUAAAUUCAGAGCACAUUGUAUUCAGUAGGUUAUAAUGGGGCUGGUCUUAAGUGGACCACUGUGUGUAUAAAUAUUUUGGGGAAAUCACUGUAUACAUUUUUGGGCAACGGUUACGCAUAUUUACAAGGAGAAACUUUUUCUUAAGAGAGCCAGCAUUUAAAGUUUAUGUUCUUAGUCAAUAAAAGAAAAUGUACUUUAUCGUGACUUCAGCUAUAUUUCUUAUACCUUACCUUUUUAUUUAAUUGUUUUAGCUGGAUAUAUGUCUUUAAAAAAAAGGAAAAAGACAAAAUUGUGGAAUACUAUGGUAAAUAUUGUUUUCAAACAAGCACUAGUCCAUAUAAAGUUAUCUUCCUUUGACACAAUUUUAGAAAUAUUUGGGAUUGUUUAGAAGGGAUAGCAAAAAAGGUUAAACACUGAAAUAGAAGAAAACCUUAGGAAUAAAGCCAAGAAUCUCUUUGUAUCCAAAUGUGUUAUUAGUUGCUUGUAAGCAAUUAUAAUUUCUAUUUGGGAUCACAGAGACUUAUCUCCAUUACUGUCCUAAUACAACUGAAGAAAGGUUUGCAAUUAGAAAUGGCUUCCAGUGAAACCAAGAACUUCUCAAAAUAGUAUUACAUGUUAUAAAAACCUACCUAAUCCAGCAUCUUAAUGUCAAUUUUUUAAAAUCCUAAAAUUAAUUUCUGUUUACUACAAAUAAAAUACUAUCUCCUAAUAUUUUCUUCAACCAGUGCUGAAAAUGGGGAAAUAUUUAUAUAUUAGUAUAAAAGGUCUUGUUUUGUUUGGCGUAAAUGGUGGCUUGCAUUUGCGGUUCUGAUUAUGCUGUUUCUAAAUUAUUCAAUCUACUUGGGUUUUAUUGGUGCAGCUGCCCCUUGAGUGACAAAAAUAUUAUAGAAAGGUACUGUGAAAUUAUUACUUUGUGAUGAGGGUACUUUUAAACAUAAUUAUGUUUCUACAAAAUCAGUUAAUUGUAAAUAAUUGUUAAAUCACUGUUCAGAUAAUUUUAAGAUUCCAUUUUCUAUAAAUUGAAAUAUUUAUAAAUGUUUGGAACUGUGCAUAUUGGUAUUUAAUGGUAAAAUGACUUAAAAUAAAUUGACCCCUCAUUCUUA